GAAUUUAGAACUUGUGAUAGUAAAAGCGAUAACUGAUAUCUGACCUCUACUUAACACAUGUUAAUUAAUUUUUUACAAGAGUUUAGGUUAAGUUGGUAAAUUGGGCUUCUGACCUUUACUAAACACUGAAUUCAUUGCAGCAGCACCAUGUCUGUAAAUUACGAUACAUUAAACAUUGAAAAAAAACCCCUAGACACCCCACCCCUCGAAGAACUUGCUAAAGUUUUAAACAAAGGGCUUAAAAACAACUUCGAGGAGGUAACAGUGGAAGUGGUUGACUGUCCAGACUUGACGCAGCAACCAUUUACCCUUGCUAAGAAAGGUCUUGGUGGUAAAACAAAAUUAGUUGAAGUUGGGGGAGUUCCCUAUUUACUUCCUCUUGUUCAAAAAGAUAAAGUUUAUGAUUUGAAGAAAAUCGCUCCUCUGAUUGGAGCAGAUCCCGCUUUUAUAAUAGGCGCUGGUGCUGGACCCCAUCCUUAUGCAGGAGUUAAUUGUGAAGGAAUUUUAAACUUGAAUAUUGCCAAAGGGGUAGUUGACCAACAAACAAGAAUUUCUAAAGUUGACCCCAAGAAUGAAGAAGUGCCAAUACAGGAAGUUCUGCCAAAUAGCGAAACAAGGAUUGCGCUAUUAGCCAACCUGUUCUUCAGCCAGGGAGAGCCUGGAAAAGUUUUGAAAGUUCACGCUAAAAAACGCACUGGGGAAAAAGAUUUUAUACAAGCCAUCAGAGAGACUUUGGUCAGCGAAUAUACAGAUAAAGUUGUAGGGCUUGGAGGUGUAUUUUUGCUUAAAGAAGGUAAAGCGAAACAGCACGUCAUGCGAGACUUUUCCAAAACUCCUAUUAACACUGACGAGAAACUGAAUAAUUGGCUGAAAUUCUACAACAUGAGUGCCCCUUUGGUUACUGUAGGCACUCUCAUUAAUAACGACCAUGGUUUGGAUUUGAGAGUUCAACAUUUUCAUAGUUUCAGCCACCACGGUGAGGCUGGCCACUACCAUAUUGAUGUGACCCCGGACACAGUGGAAUACCUGGGAUAUUUCAACACUGGUGAAGAAAUAUAUAGAGUUGACAGACCUGUAGAAACCCACCAGUUUGGCAGGGACUGAUUAAUACUGAUUAUGUUUCAUAAAAUGGGAAAAUAAACGUUUUUAAAAUUAA